AUUUGCCAUGCCAGCUGUUCCGAUUGAGAAAAUCGUCAUCCCUGAGGUCAUCGUGGGUCCGACUCUUCCAGACUCAAAUCCUACUACAGCGGACACUUUAAGGGCAAUAGAAACCCUCUCGUAUUGGCGAGAAGAUUAUGAUCUCAAUGACCAUCACUACCAUUGGCAUCUCGUCUAUCCUUGGUCAGGAAUUAGUACAAUAAAGGAUAAAAAGAUCCACCGAACCAUUGAUAGGCAAGGGGAACUGUUCCUUUACAUGCAUUCUCAGAUGGUAGCCCAAUACAAUGCAGAGCGGUUGAGUUGGUCUGACAUAGGACUGGUGGACUCAUGGAGCUAUGAUCAGGUGGUGGAGCCAAGUUAUACACCACCCCCAGGUCUGAGAGAUGAGUAUGGAGCAAGGCCUCCACUUCAAGGUUGGCUUGAGCAGCAUUCCCCCUACAUGACUGAAAAACUUGCUACUGUUUCCAAAGAUACAAUGAUUUUCUGGCGUAACAACAUCAACAAGGGCAUUAUUCAAGGUUAUUUUUACACAAAGAAAGAAAAUGGCGAUCAAGGAAAGUUCCAUCUCACAGAAGACGAUGCCAUGAACUGGGUUGGCAUAAUUGUUGAGGCUGAGGCACAUCAGCUGCAGGAGGUAAGCCCAGGCUCAAAGGAGUUCAUUGAUAGCGACUUGUAUGGCACACUACACAACCUUGGUCAUGACAAAUUUGGCGAGAUUGGUUACCAGACAUACAUGUCAAACAAAAACCGUUGGGGAGUAAUGGGGUUCACCUCUGUUGCAGUUCGUGAUCCAGUCUUUUGGAAUUGGCACAGGCACAUUGAUGAUUUUUGUCAGUCUAUUAUAAACAAAUACAAGCAACAUGCACUCAAAGAAAGUGCCCCACCUCAUGUAAAACUCACUGGAGUACAAAUCCUGCCACGAGAUAAAAAUUCUACAACACCUGAUGGAGGUAUUGCCACAUAUCUCACUGCACCUCGUUUGGAAUUGCAAGAAGUCAAUGCUAAACUCAACCAUGUGCUUUACAAAUGGGUAGUCAAGGUUGAAGCCACUGUAGAUGAAAACGAAAUUAAAAAUUUGAAGCCAUUUACUGUGCGAAUCUUCAUUGCUCCUAAGCGGCUAAUGCAUGCUGAGCAGCGCUGUUACAUCGAAAUGGAUAAAUUUUUAUGCACUCUUACUACAAAGUCUGCAACAUUUGUCAGACUAGAUGUAGAGUCCUCUGUAGCCCGCAAAGUACCUGAUUCAUCGGAGUAUCAAGAUCCACGCUGUUUAUGUGGAUGGCCUCCAAAUAUGAUGAUACCCAAUGGUACUGAAUUGGGCAUUGAUUAUGUAGUUUUUGCUAUACUCACUAAUGAUAUCAUCUCAGAGGAUAAUACGGUAUCAAUGUCUUUCUGUGGAGCCAAGGAUAAUAAAUAUCCUGAUCCACGUGGCAUGGGAUAUCCAUUUGAUAAAGCAUAGU